UAUUCCGCAAAAUUUUUGAAGCAGUAACAAUGGAUAAUGAGACUGAUUGGAGACUGGCCUCCGAUUGGUACUCUCCAACUCGCCUCCACGACAGCCCCGUCAAAUAUGAUUUUCCGGGCGAUAGGUUUAUCCCAAAUCGGAGUCUUAUGGAUCUCGAUCAAGCCCACGGUACAUUGACCAACACCACUGUUGCACGACCCACACAUACCAAAUCUAGUAUUGAAUAUAGGAAAUCUUUGAGCAAUCUGACCUUGAAUGCUGAAGGUAGGCCAUUUCAAAUGCUUGUUUUCAGGGGCAGUCCCAAAUCAAGUAGAAAACUGAGCCCUAUGAUUGAUGAGACGCGAUGUUGUAACAACGAGACCCUUACUUGUAGACCGUUGCGAAGAUUCCCCAAGGGUGAAGCUCGUAUCCUGGAUGCGCCAAGAAUCAGCCACGACUAUUAUCUCAACGUUAUUGAUUGGGGGAAGACGAACCUGCUAGCAGCUGCUCUUGACAGAAAAUUAUACUUGUGGAAUGCAAACACUUGUAAAGUUGAACUAGUGUCAGAAGCGAGCGAAGGCGACUAUCUUGCUAGCGUAAACUGGUCUGAAAAUGGAGAAGUUGUAGCAGCGGGGUAUAGUUGCUCUAAAAUUCAUCUCUAUGAUGCUGAGUCGCUCCAUCUAGUGAGGUUGUUAGAGGGUCAGCGUGGACGUGUGGGAUCUAUAGCGUGGAAUGGUCACACACUAACUUGUGGAAGCUCUAGUGGAGCUAUCAUCAACCAUGAUGUGAGAGUGAGGAACAGUCAAGUGUGCCGUGUGAAAGUGCACAAGGGUGAAGUCUCUGGUUUGAAGUGGUCGGCUGCAGGGAGCAUGCUAGCCAGUGGUGCAAAUGAUACUAGAGUCUACUUGUGGGACGCAUGCAAGAUGAGCGCAAACCAUCACGUUUACAGAUUCGAUCAUCAUUGUGCAGCGGUUAAAGCUCUGGCGUGGUGCCCUCACGACUAUAACGUGCUGGCAUCCGGUGGUGGCUUGGACGAUGGCAAUAUAAAGCUAUGGAACACUCAAAAAGGGACCUGCACCUCUAGCACAGAAACUAAGUCACAGAUAUGUGGGCUACAAUGGAACAGGCAUCACAAAGAGUUAUUAAGCGGGCAUGGCUACGGCUACGAAUGCCAAAACCAGUUAUGCUUGUGGAAGUACCCUUCCAUGUCCCGAAUAGGAGAGUCUGCCAACGCGACGUCUCGGGUUCUUCAUCUAACUCAGAGCCCUGAUGGUCUGACUGUCGCCUCAGCCGGAGAAGACGAGGCCCUUCGAUUCUGGAAUGUAUUUGGUCCAGCAGCCCCUGGCAAUUCAAGGAUGUCCUAUUUGGAGAGCCUUCUCUCUCUCAAGACAUCAGCCAUAAGGUGAUGAGAUUUUCAACUCUCCAACUAAUGUAGCUUAAGAAGUGGGCUGUUAUAUGAAUCU